AUGACUAUCGAAAAGAUUCAAUCACCAUCUCUGUCUGAAUAUGAACGACUUCAAAAACAAUAUUCAGACAAUCUUCAAUGUCCAUGUACAUCCAUUUCAAUACCCUAUGCAAAAUUCACUACUAUUGAGACAUCAUUUCAUCAAGUUUGUUCGAGUAAUUUCAUUUCACAAGAAUGGAUUAAUUUUCUAUUCGAAAAUAUUGAUAAAAAUCUAUGGCCAAUGGAUGUAAGAACAAGUAUAAGUGCUAUGUGGCAAUUGAUUUCGAUACUUUGUCAAAAUUCGACAACUUUUCUCAUUGAUGCAUUUCGUGUAUUUACAAAUUCAGAAUUUAUAAGUUCGACAAUCUUACCCAAAGAUCGAAUUCAAAUUAAUACUCAAGCAGCUCUGAAUGAAACACAACGAAUAGCAUUCAAUACUUUUUUACUAUCACUUACUACUAUUCAACAAAUUACACAAAUGAAUGAUUUUAUGACAGGCACAUCAGUAAACUAUAUCAUCAGUACAAACAACCAACCAUUCGAAUCAAUUGAGUCUAUUCAAAUUAUUUCAAAUAAAUAUGUACGAAGAGGAUCAACAACGAAUUGUUCUUGUUUAACUGAAGAAUCAUGCCCAAUGUCUGGCGGCAUAUAUUUGUAUGAUGUAUGGGAUACCAAUGGAUUUUUCGACCUAAAUAUUCUAGUCGCUAAUGAAACAUUGUCUGGUCUUGCUGUUGAUUGUUUACCACUUCAAACAACAUUUGCUUCAUCAUUCGAUUGUUUCUACAAUCAAUCAUGUCUCGACGUGCUACUUUCGACCUAUUCAACUAAGAUCGAUAUUCAAAUACUUAAUCGAUCUUUACCAAGUCGAUUUCCAUUAACAACACGUAUCAAAUCAGUCGUUGAUGAAUUAUUCAUUGAAAAAAUUCUGAUUCAAACCUCCUAUGAUAUCUAUUUUAAUGAAUAUGAUGCAUUUGAUAUUCUUUGUGGACGUAUCUCAACAUGGCUCUAUGUAAUACUUUUAACCACUAUUAUGACUAUUAUUAUUAUUUUUAAGACAAAAACAUCACAUUGGACAACCAUAACUAUUUAUUCACCAUCGAAAAAGCAAUAUGAAGAUUUAUAUCAACAAUAUUCAAAUACAUUACAAUGUCCUUGUACUGAUAUUUCAAUUCCUUAUGCAACAUUUAUUCAAGUCAAACCAAAACAACAUCAAUUGUGUGAAAGCAAUUUUAUUCAACCAUGGUGGUAUCAAAGUUUAAAUUCAGUAGAAAAUAAUGAUAUGUCAUUAAAUUUUUCUAUAUUCAUUUCAUCCUAUUUUCGAACAUUAGCCAUGUUAUGUAACAUAACAAAAUCAACUCUUGAUGAUAAAAUACGUCGAUCUUCUUCAGCAUUAUUUAUUAGUUCUCAACUUCCUUCAAAGCAAUGGCUCAUAUUACAAACGAAUCAAUCUAUUGAGAUAUUUCGAUCUUCGAUGUUAAACGAAUUCAAAAAUAUUAUAUCAUUAAUCAUAGGAAUACUUGAUGCUAAUCAAUAUAUUAGUGGUCGAAAAACAAAUACGUUACUCAAAAAACUAUUUUCGAAUUCAUCCAACCAAACAGAAAUAGUUUCUAUUACGAAUGCUGGCUAUGAUGAAAAUGAUCUUCCAUGUUUUUGUGCUCGAAAUUCAUUUUGUAAUAUGCAAACAUACUAUCAAGAUUCAACAUUAUGGACAACAUUUGGUUUAUCUUUCAACUGCUUCAUAGUCAAUUCAGUACUGAAAUCAUCUCUCAAAUGUUGGUAUAACUAUAGUUGCCUAAAUGAAGUAUUGACAAAGUUAACCUUUUCUAAUUUGUUUAAUCUCCCAAAUAUAACUGUACUCGAUGAUACAUUGCCUAGUAGAUUUCUUCCAUAUAUUCCAAUAGAAAUUUUACUCAAUGAAAUGAUGGUUGAACAAUGGUAUACGAUAGUUAAUUAUAUGGCUUUAUAUAAAAACUGUCAUCCAAUAUAUUGUACAUAUGUUUAUGAUGGCAAACACAAUGCAUUAUAUCUUAUUACUAUAAUAAUCGGUAUUUUUGGUGGUCUCGAUAUUAUUCUUCGAUUUAUUUGUUUGAUUAUUGGUCGAUUAUUAUUUCGAUGUAAUAGGUCACGACAUACACAUAGUAUAUCGCUUCCAAACAAUCCAGAAACACUUAAUCGUAAGUAA